AUGGACGAGAAUGGAUCUCUCUAUGUCGUUGACGGGGAAAAACAUGCAGUGAAACGAUAUCGAAGAGGAGAAUCUCAAGGAACAGUGGUUGCAGGUGGCAAGGGAAGUGGAAAUCGUCCUGGUCAACUAUCUUCUCCCAAAUACGUAUUUGUUGAUCUAGAUCAUUCAGUUUACGUCUCUGAUGAGGAAAAUCAUCAUGUGACGAAAUGGGUGGAAGAUGCAAAACAAGGCAUUGUCGUGGCUGGUGGUCAAGGACAAGGGGAUGAUCUUACACAAUUGAAAUCUCCUUAUGGAGUCGUUGUCGAUCAAUUUGGCACUGUCUAUAUGGCUGAUGCAGGGAAUGAUAAAAUUAUGCGUUGGCCCAAAGGAGCCACACAGGGAAGUGUCAUUAUUGGUGGAAACGGUAAAGGAGGACAAUCGAACCAAUUCAAUCAGCCCCUUGGUUUGUCAUUCGACCGACACGGUAAUCUCUAUGUCGUCGAUUACGUAAACUUUCGAGUACAAAGAUUUAAUAUCGAAUGA